AUGCCAGUUUCAACGAGGAUGACGAACCGAGAACAGCAGGAUGACUGGACACCGCCAUGGUCAGAUAAAGGGGCUGGAUUGUAUCCUGUCUUUUGUACCGCCAAUAUCCCUCCAGAGAUACUCGACCGGUUUAUAUAUGAGGCAUACGCAGGAAUGUUAGAUGUACUGGGUGAAAUUGAUGAAGUCGGACCUGGUGCACCUUGCAUCCUCGAAACAACUGACCUGGACUCGAUCACCCACGGCUCCCGCUUGCCUAUGAAGCAAUUCAAGUCUCCCUUCCUUGGCUGGACAGAGGGUCAGGUUCGUGAGUGGAUGGUAAAGCAUGAACACCCUAAUUUCGCCUCGUCUACCUUUACAAUCCUUGACCAAAAUACAAUUGAUAGGGGGAUAUCACGGAUGGGUUACAUAUCUGAGGUAAUGCCUGAUGAUAGAAUGACGAACGCUAGAUUUUCUGAUGAUUUGGCGAACAGAGUUGCUCUAGAGAUGUGUACGUUAGACUGGUAUAACUGCAUGGAGGAAGAUGACGCGUGA